GCCGCCAGCCCCUGCCCGCUAGCCGCGGACCAACAGCGCCACAGCAAGCGAGCGAGCGAGGAGGGGGAGAGAGGGAGUCUGUCUGCAAAGUGCUGCUCCCUGGUGCUCAGAGGCGGCUGCUCCAGCUCCAACUCUCAUUCAUUUCGCCGGUUAACAUGAGAGAUCAUGGCCGCCUUCGGGCUUCUCAGCUAUGAGCAGAGACCGCUGAAGCGCCCCCGGCUCGGUCCGCCCGACGUCUAUCCACAGGACCCCAAGCAGAAGGAGGAUGAACUUACUGCUGUGAAUGUAAAGCAAGGCUUCAAUAAUCAGCCAGCCUUCACUGGAGAUGAACAUGGCUCAGCCAGAAAUAUUGUAAUUAAUCCAUCAAAGAUUGGAGCUUAUUUUAGCAGCAUAUUAGCUGAGAAGCUGAAGCUUAACACUUUCCAGGACACGGGAAAGAAGAAACCACAAGUUAAUGCUAAAGACAAUUAUUGGCUGGUUACUGCUCGAUCCCAGAGUGCAAUUCAUAGUUGGUUUUCUGACUUAGCAGGAAAUAAACCACUUUCUGUUUUGGCAAAAAAGGUUCCUAUCCUUAGUAAAAAAGAGGAUGUGUUUGCAUAUUUAGCUAAAUAUUCUGUGCCAAUGGUUCGAGCAACGUGGCUGAUCAAGAUGACUUGUGCCUAUUAUUCUGCUAUAUCUGAAGCUAAAAUUAAGAAACGUCAGCCUACUGAUCCGAAUUUGGAGUGGACACAGAUAUCUACCAGAUAUCUUCGAGAGCAGUUGGCUAAGAUUUCUGACUUUUACCACAUGGCCUCCAGCUCUGGUGAUGGCCCUGUCCCUGUGCCACCAGAGGUGGAGCAAGCCAUGAAGCAGUGGGAAUACAACGAAAAGCUAGCAUUUCACAUGUUCCAGGAAGGAAUGCUAGAAAAACAUGAAUAUUUGACAUGGAUCCUGGAUGUUUUAGAAAAAAUCAGACCAAUGGACGAUGAUCUUCUUAAACUUUUGUUACCACUAAUGCUGCAGUAUUCAGAUGAGUUUGUUCAGUCGGCCUACCUGUCUCGUCGUCUUGCCUACUUCUGUGCCCGGCGUCUUUCCUUGCUGCUGAGCGAUAGCCCCAACCUCCUUGCUGCCCACUCACCCCACAUGAUGAUAGGACCAAACAACUCGAGUAUCGGGGCCCCCAGCCCUGGCCCCCCCGGCCCUGGCAUGAGCCCUGUGCAGCUGGCCUUCUCAGAUUUUCUUUCCUGUGCACAGCAUGGUCCCCUGGUUUAUGGACUUAGUUGUAUGUUGCAGACUGUCACUCUCUGUUGCCCAAGUGCCUUGGUGUGGAAUUAUUCCACAAAUGAAAAUAAGAGCGCAAACCCAGGCUCGCCCCUGGAUCUGUUGCAGGUGGCCCCUUCCAGCCUCCCCAUGCCGGGUGGGAACACGGCUUUCAAUCAGCAGGUUCGGGCAAGGAUUUAUGAAGUAGAACAACAGAUAAAACAAAGAGGCCGUGCAGUGGAAGUUCGGUGGUCAUUUGACAAGUGCCAAGAAUCCACAGCAGGGGUGACUAUUAGUCGGGUUUUGCACACAUUGGAAGUUUUGGAUCGUCAUUGUUUUGACCGAACUGAUUCCAGCAAUUCAAUGGAGACACUUUAUCAUAAGAUUUUCUGGCCAAACCAAAACAAAGAUAACCAAGAGGUUGCGCCCAACGAUGAAGCUGUGGUGACGCUGUUAUGUGAAUGGGCCGUGAGCUGCAAACGGUCUGGCAAGCACAGGGCCAUGGCUGUGGCAAAACUCCUGGAGAAGAGGCAAGCAGAAAUUGAGGCAGAGAGAUGUGGUGAAUCUGAAGUCUUAGAUGAGAAGGAGUCUAUUUCUUCAUCGUCUCUUGCUGGAUCCAGUUUGCCUGUUUUCCAGAAUGUGCUGCUAAGGUUUUUAGAUACACAGGCCCCCUCUUUGUCGGACCCAAACAGUGAAUGUGAAAAGGUGGAAUUUGUGAACCUGGUGCUGCUCUUCUGCGAGUUCAUCCGCCAUGAUGUCUUCUCCCAUGAUGCAUACAUGUGUACCCUCAUAUCUCGAGGAGAUUUGUCAGUCACUGCCUCGACCCGACCACGGUCACCAGCAGGGGAAAAUGUAGAUGAACACUAUUCCAAGGACCAUGACGUGAAAAUGGAGAUUUUUUCUCCUAUGCCUGGAGAGUCCUGUGAGAAUGCCAACACUUCCUUGGGCAGAAGAAUGUCGGUUAAUUGUGAGAAGUUGGUGAAGAGAGAAAAACCAAGGGAAUUAAUUUUUCCGUCUAAUUACGACCUCCUUCGCCACUUACAGUAUGCAACACAUUUUCCUAUACCUCUGGAUGAAUCUUCAAGUCAUGAAUGUAACCAGCGCACAAUCCUUCUCUAUGGAGUCGGCAAAGAGCGUGAUGAAGCAAGGCAUCAGCUGAAGAAGAUUACCAAAGAUAUCCUGAAAAUUCUAAAUAAGAAGAGCACCACAGAGACAGGGGGUGGGGAUGAAGGACAAAAAGCCAGGAAGAAUAAACAAGAGACAUUCCCAACCCUGGAGACUGUGUUCACAAAACUUCAGCUCCUUUCGUAUUUUGAUCAACAUCAAGUGACAUCCCAGAUUUCUAACAAUGUGCUAGAACAAAUCACAAGCUUCGCGUCAGGAACAUCCUAUCAUCUCCCUUUGGCUCACCACAUUCAGCUCAUCUUUGAUCUCAUGGAGCCAGCACUGAACAUCAAUGGACUAAUUGACUUUGCAAUACAGUUACUAAAUGAACUGAGUGUUGUGGAAGCUGAACUGCUCCUAAAAUCCUCAAGCCUGGCAGGAAGUUAUACAACAGGACUGUGUGUCUGCAUCGUGGCUGUUCUGAGGCGCUAUCACAGUUGUCUGAUCCUGAAUCCUGAUCAGACAGCCCAGGUGUUUGAAGGGUUGUGUGGUGUGGUCAAGCAUGUUGUAAACCCCUCAGAAUGUUCUUCCCCUGAAAGAUGCAUCUUAGCCUACCUCUAUGAUCUCUAUGUGUCAUGUAGCCACCUCAGAAGUAAAUUUGGAGACCUCUUCAGUAGUGCCUGUUCAAAAGUAAAGCAAACCAUAUAUAAUAAUGUGAUGCCUGCAAAUUCGAACUUGCGAUGGGAUCCGGACUUCAUGAUGGAUUUUAUUGAGAAUCCCUCAGCCCGCAGCAUCAACUACUCAAUGCUGGGCAAGAUCCUCAGUGACAAUGCAGCCAAUCGCUACAGCUUUGUCUGCAAUACACUCAUGAAUGUAUGUAUGGGCCAUCAGGACGCUGGCAGAAUUAAUGACAUAGCCAAUUUCUCCUCUGAGCUUACGGCUUGCUGCACUGUUCUUAGUUCAGAAUGGCUGGGGGUUCUGAAGGCUCUUUGUUGUUCUUCAAAUCACGUGUGGGGGUUUAAUGAUGUGCUUUGCACUGUAGAUGUGAGUGACCUUUCAUUCCAUGAUUCAUUAGCUACUUUCAUUGCUAUUCUGAUAGCACGACAGUGUUUUUCCCUGGAGGACGUCGUGCAGCAUGUCGCACUUCCCUCUCUUCUAGCAGCAGCUUGUGGAGAUGCGGACGCCGAGCCUGGGGCGCGAAUGACAUGCCGACUCCUGCUUCAUCUCUUCAGAGCUCCCCAGGCCUGCUUCUUACCUCAAGCAACGGGCAAACCUUUCCCUGGAAUAAGAUCAUCUUGUGAUAGACACCUCUUAGCUGCUGCUCACAACAGCAUUGAAGUGGGAGCUGUGUUUGCUGUCUUAAAAGCAAUUAUGAUGCUUGGAGAUGCCAAAAUUGGCAAUAACAGUGUCAGCUCUUUAAAGAAUGACGACUUCACUAUGAGAGGUUUACGAUGUGAUGGGAAUGCUGAUGAUAUCUGGACUGCCUCACAAAAUCCAAAAUCCUGUGGGAAAAGCAUUUCCAUAGAAACUGCCAAUUUAAGAGAAUACGCUAGAUAUGUGCUGAGGACUAUCUGUCAACAGGAAUGGGUAGGAGAGCAUUGCUUAAAAGAACCUGAAAGAUUAUGUACAGACAAAGAACUUAUAUUGGACCCAGUGCUUUCAAAUAUGCAAGCACAGAAAUUACUGCAGCUUAUCUGUUAUCCUCAUGGCAUUAAAGAAUGUGCUGAGGGGGACAACCUGCAAAGACAGCACAUUAAGCGUAUUCUUCAGAAUCUUGAGCAGUGGACACUGAGGCAAUCCUGGCUAGAACUCCAGCUAAUGAUCAAACAGUGCUUGAAGGACCCUGGCUCUGGUUCUGUGGCUGAAAUGAACAACUUACUGGACAAUAUUGCAAAGGCAACAAUAGAGGUAUUCCAGCAGUCUGCAGAGCUAAAUAAUAAUUCCUCUAAUUCUGGCAUGAGCCUCUUCAACCCAAACAGUAUUGGAAGUGCUGAUACAAGUAGCACAAGACAGAAUGGAAUAAAGACGUUCCUAAGUUCCUCUGAACGAAGGGGCGUAUGGUUGGUGGCCCCUCUCAUUGCCAGGCUGCCAACUUCUGUGCAAGGAAGAGUGCUCAAAGCUGCUGGGGAAGAGCUGGAGAAGGGGCAGCACUUGGGUUCUUCUUCCAAGAAGGAAAGGGACAGACAGAAACAGAAAAGUAUGUCUCUUUUGAGUCAACAACCCUUCCUCUCACUGGUACUUACCUGCCUUAAGGGACAAGAUGAACAAAGGGAAGGCCUCCUAACAUCUCUCCAGAAUCAAGUUAACCAGAUUUUAAGUAACUGGAGAGAAGAACGAUACCAAGAUGACAUAAAAGCACGACAGAUGAUGCAUGAAGCAUUACAACUUCGCCUAAAUUUGGUAGGAGGAAUGUUUGACACGGUACAGAAGAGCACCCAGUGGACUACAGAUUGGGCCCUCCUUCUCCUUCAGAUCAUUACUUCAGGAACUGUUGACAUGCACACUAACAAUGAAUUAUUCACAACGGUUCUUGACAUGCUGGGUGUUCUCAUCAAUGGAACAUUAGCCUCUGACCUAUCAAAUGCAUCCCCAGGGGGAUCUGAAGAGAACAAGCGUGCAUACAUGAAUUUAGUAAAGAAACUGAAAAAAGAGCUCGGAGACAAGCGAUCAGAAAGUAUUGACAAAGUUCAACAGUUACUACCUUUGCCGAAACAGACAUGUGAUGUCAUCACUUGUGAACCUAUGGGUUCCUUGAUUGACACCAAAGGAAACAAAAUUGCUGGUUUUGACUCUAUAGAUAAAAAACAGGGUCUCCAGGUCUCUACGAAGCAGAAGGUGUCCCCGUGGGACUUGUUUGAGGGUCAGAAGAACCCAGCUCCUCUGUCGUGGGCCUGGUUCGGGACAGUCCGAGUAGACCGAAGAGUGAUCAAGUAUGAGGAGCAGCAUCACCUCCUGCUGUAUCACACACACCCCAAACCCAAGCCCCGCAGCUACUACCUCGAGCCACUGCCCCUGCCUCCUGAGGAGGAAGAGGAAGAGCCUACAUCUCCAGUUUCUCAGGAACCAGAAAGGAAGUCAGCUGAGUUAUCAGAUCAGGGAAAAACCACAACAGAUGAAGAAAAGAAAACAAAGGGAAGGAAGCGCAAGACGAAAUCCAGCUCGAGAGUUGAUGAGUAUCCGCAGAGCAACAUAUACCGAGUGCCUCCUAAUUACUCGCCCAUCUCCUCCCAAAUGAUGCACCAUCCACAGUCCACCUUGUGGGGUUACAACCUUGUGGGCCAGCCCCAGCAGCCUGGCUUUUUCCUUCAGAAUCAAUCUCUUACUCCAGGUGGCUCCAGGUUGGACCCUGCAGGCUCCUUUGUCCCAACCAACACCAAACAAGCUCUGUCCAACAUGCUACAGCGACGCUCAGGUGCCAUGAUGCAGCCGCCUUCUCUUCAUGCAAUCACAUCACAGCAGCAGUUGAUACAGAUGAAGCUUCUCCAGCAGCAGCAGCAACAGCGGCUUCUCAGGCAAGCCCAGACUCGGCCUUUCCAACAGGGCCAGCCAGGGGACCAGGCUCCUCUCUUUGCUGCACAAGCACGGCCCUCCCCUCAGCUCCCUCAGUAUCCAGGGCUGCAGCAAGCACAGACCAUGCCCCAGGGCUAUACAAUGUACGGGACUCAGAUGCCUUUGCAGCAGACAUCACAGCAGCAGGCUGGCAGUGUGGUCCUGUCUCCCAGCUAUAACUCCAGAGCCUAUUCGGCCGCACAUUCCAACCCUGUGCUAAUGGAAAGACUCCGACAGAUUCAGCAGCAGCCGAGUGGCUAUGUUCAGCAGCAGGCCUCGCCGUACCUGCAGCCCCUGACUGGCUCUCAGAGACUGAACCAUCAGGCUCUGCAGCAGAACCCUCUGGUGGGCGGGGGAAUUGAUGCUGUCCUGACUUCUGCACAUCCAAACCUUCCCUCCGUGCCCCUGCCUCAGGAUCCCAUGAGACCCAGACAGCCGCAAGUUCGACAGCAGCAGAGAAUCCUGCAGAUGCAGCAGCCCCAGCCUCAGCAGCCUCCCCAACCCCAGCAGUCCUCGCAGCCCCAGAGUCAGACCCUUGGUCUCCAAGCAAUGCAGUCCCAGCAGCCCUUGUUUCCCAGGCAAGGCUUGCAGCAGACCCAGCAGCAGCAACAGACGGCCGCCUUGGUACGGCAGCUCCAGAAGCAGCUUUCCAGCAACCAACCACAGCAAGGAGUGACUCCGUAUGGGCAUCCUUCACACUUCUGAGUCUGCAAGAAGAGAAGACGUGAUGUUUUAUGUUUGCACUGAAAAACAGAAAAUCAAAUUUAAUGCAUUACUCAUCUUAAAAAUGUCCCUUUGCUUUUUUCAUUUCUUUGCUAUUUUACUAUAUUUUAUGCUACAUCUCACAAAAAAAGGUGUUUAAACAAAAAGCCAAGGAGAAGUUGUGGUUUGAUUUUGUUGGAUUCAACUUUAAAGUAGGUUUACAAAUGUGAAUCAUGCAGGCAGGCCUACUCCCGGAGAGUGUGCUAGCAGACCUUUUGAAAUCGGUGCUUUUGAAUCUCACAUUUCUAGAAAGAAUGGAUUGUGAUGGAUUUAAAGUAUUUGUGUAUUUCAUUCAUUAAUGAUUUGUUUUCAUUUUCCAAACUAUGCUGGACCAAACUACUGAUUUGAAAGGCAUGUCAGAUCUUGACAGUAACAUGACCCAUUUAUUCUGCAUUCACCUGUGAUGGUGAAACAGACAUUUAUUUGCAUUGCUCUAAUUUGAAAUGUUUUCAUAAGCACUUUAUAAACUUUGUUCUUAUUUAUGUAGGACUUUGGCUUUUGUUGUGGUCAAAAGGUGCUGAAACAGAUUGUUGCUUAGUACUUAAACUUCUUAAACCAAGAACUUGAACCAAGGUUUCUGUGAGAGCCACCCUAAGAUGUGCGGAAGCCUGUUAGAAGUAGCUGUACUCAAUUUGUUUUGAGGCAAGAUGGUUGACAAGAGUCAUUGUGAACGGACAACAUGUAAAUCCUAAAGGCCUGAAAGAACUGCAGUGGAAUCGUCCAAUUAUUUAUUGCCAGUUUUGGUUCUCCUGAACCUUAUGCCAACUUAAGGGGAAAAAAAAAAAUCCAGCAGCUGGCUUGAGAUUCCAGUGCUCACACUUGACAUGGUUUACAGAGAAUCUGGCCCCAAAGUCCAGAUGGCUCUGGUUUUCAUAAAAGGUGUAUUUGCUGUUUAUUCUGUAUGGUAAGUAUUUGCUAUUUGGAAUUUAAUUAUUAAUGUCAGUGUCAGUCUUGGUUGUGUAUUGCAUAUACUGUAUUUAUAAAUUGGUGCAAAAAGCACAAGUAAAUUAUACAUCAAAUUUAUUAUAAAGAAAUAGUAACUAUUUUAACUUUGUUCAAGUAUGUGGUAAUUUGCUCCUAUUAGAGUAAAAAAGAAACCAGUAAAUUAUCAGUUUGUGUAACUUAAGAGUAUUCCAUAUAAUAUUUUUUUAGAUUUAGAUGCAUAAAAUUUCGAAUGUGAAAAUUGCAGGGCAUUUUAAAACAUGUGGGGGAUAUUUUCCCAUGUUCUGUUAAUUCAUUUUCUUUUGCCAUAUGAUUUUACAUAUAAUGUAGUCAAGCAUACUGUGAAUAGAUUUGUCUAUAAUGAGCAGACCAUGUAAAUCUACUUUUUUAAAAUGUAGCUAGUAUAACUUUAGUAGACAUUUUCUUUUGCAAAUUAUAUAUAAAUAAUUUAUAUCUUCCUAGGUGAGUUACUCAUUGCAAAGUUUGACUCAUGCAAAUGACCUCAAAUACAUGUCAGCUUACUUUGCUGUGGCAACAUCCAUGUGAACUGCUUUGUACACUGUGAAAAUAUUUCACUCCAGCCUGCCCAUUUUGUGUUUACUCUGGGCUGGAAAAGACUUUGCCAAAACAUUAAAAACCAUUCUUUUCACUAAAUUAACAGUCUAUCUGCUUUCAGAAGAUGUAUCUGUACACAUUUUUGCUAGUUUUGUAUAUCAGGUUUUUUCCUCUCAAGAAUCAUACUUAGAUAAGCUUAUGAAGUUGUUUUGUUCAAAGUAAUAUAUCUCUAUAAUGACUGCAUUGGCAAAACAACCAAAACGUGAAUGUUGUGCCUAGUGAGUGAGUCAUGUUCCAUCCUUAUUUCUUUUCAAAAAUUCUUUGCCAGUUCUCAGUUUGAACCAUUUAUUUUUUAGCUCAACAUUGCAAACAGCAGUAAUACUGUUUUAAGAAUGAGUGUUAUAAUUGCAUAGCAUUUGUAUGCACUUUAUACUUUGCAGAGUUAAAUUAUUAAUCAUUUUGCACAUGAAAGCUGUGGGGCAUAUCUUUGUUGUGUUCCUUUUGUUUUUUUAGGUGAGGAAAUUAUGCUAAGACUCUUAAUUCCAAGAUUUUAUGGACAGUUGAGGAAUGACCUAGAGCUGUUUUCCCCUGAGCAUUAUAAAGAAAAUAACCAGAGGUACUUUAUUCAUAUUUUCUCCCUAUUCUGUAUCUUGAGAGGUUUCUUUUUUUUUCUUCUUUUUUUUCUUUUCUAGCAAAUGCAUUCUUUUAACAAAGUGGUCACAAGGGAAAGCCCUGUGGCAGAACCUGGUACUGUACCUUACCAGAGGAAAUUAGAGUAAGAUGGAGGCCCCAGCUCCCCUUAAAGACAAGACCUUGAAAUCAAAUAGAGUCAGCUAUACCUAUCACAAUUCUUGGAUAUAAGAAACCCAUAGACAGUCUUCUUUACACCGUAGGCUUUUUCCUUAUAGGGUUGCAUUUGUCAUUGCAUUUACCCUUCUUGGCCUGGAAGCAGAAGGAUCUCGGUUAUAAUGAGCAUCUUUGACCCCUUCCAGCCACAAGGUACUAACAUCAGAGAUAAGUAGCAAUUAGGUCACAUUUUAGGCUUAGAUGGGGCUAGCUGAAAGUCAGUAUGAUGAAAACACAAGGGUGGGAUCCCACACGUCUCAAAUGAUUGGCAGGGGCUAACAUAUUAGUAAUUCUCAGUUUUGUGUACUGAGAUAUUUCAAUAAGACCUAUGGCAUUUUUUCCCUCAUUUAUAACGUUCCUAUAAUCCUUAAUAGGUGAAUGUUUGAAUAGAUGCUGGAUGAAUUACACUGGAAAACCCCAGCCCUAAAUUUAGAUAAGAUGAAUCAUAUAUUCCCCAAAUUAAUUCAGGUUGAAUUAAGCAUGUAAUAUAAAUUCAGUGAAUUACAAAAAGCAACAUUUUAUGUAGGAAUGAUCAGAUUUUAAAUACAGUGAAACUUCAUUAUAUAUAAUAGAUCUAGACCCUCCCAAGCAUUUUCCCAUCCCAUAAUUAUUAAUGAAAUGCUUAUAGAGCAACGAUUCCUCCUCCGAAAAAUUUCUUUAUAAGCAGCUCCAAACCAGGGGUGCCUAAGCUAGAUUUUAAAGUUAUAAAGAAGUUUCAUUGUAUUUUUAAAACCUUUUUAAUGGGUGUAUUUGGACAAAAGUAAUCAACCCCCUUUUCACAUUUUACGAUGUGCAGGUUAUUACAUUGCUUUUUACGUGUGGAAAAGUUAGCCUGCAUUUAUUUUUAAAUGCAGUUAUUAAAACAUUUUUGUAUUCCCCAUCAAUGAAAAUUUUCAGUGUGAACAAAUGGUGAAUCAUAAUCGAGACAGUUCAGUGCUUAUUUUCUGUAGGUUUUAGCAAAAAAAAAUUUAUAAACCAUAAAAUAUUUAUAGAUCAGGAUGGUAACUUUACAUAAAGAUUUAAUAUUUUCCAUUGUCUCUGUUCUGAGUGCCAUGCUUGUAACAUUGAUUGAUAGAAGGUGGACACUAGGCAACUGGUAGUAAAAGUUCAUUUUUUACUGAAAAAUUCAGGUACAUUAGCCAUUUGUUAUUUUAUAGUGGACCGUUUUAAUGUUUGUUAUUUGUUGGCAAAAUAAAAGUGCCUUAAGUUAAAAGUUUGUUUUAAGAUCCAUUAAAGAAAUCGGUAUCAGUUCAUAAUGCAUUUAUUUACAAGUCCUUUUAUUUUGCAUGUUCAUUGUAAAUUUAAUACUGUAAAUGUAUUCAAAUUCAUUUACAUGCCUAUGGCUGCCUUUGAUUAAACUUCUUCCAAAAAAUAAA